AUGGGGAGGUGCUUCUGGGCCAUCCUCCUCCUGGCACUGGCUGCGUUCCUGUUGGCCGGCUUCCCGCACGUGGACGUGGGGCUGCUCAUGCCCCGCCUCGGGGGCCAGGCCGAGGGGCCCCCCGUCACCAACGUCAUGUUCCUCAAGACCCACAAGACGGCCAGCAGCGCCGUGCUCAACAUCCUCUACCGCUUCGCCGAGACGCACAAGCUGUCGGCCGCGCUGCCCGCCGGCGGCCUCUUCCACCUGGGCUACCCCUGGCUCUUCCUGGCGCGCUACGUGGAGGGCGUGGAGCAGGGCGGCCCCGAGCAGCGCUUCAACAUCCUGUGCAACCACCUGAGGUUCAACCUGCCCGAGGUGCAGAAAGUCAUGCCCAACGACACCUUCUACUUUUCCAUCCUCAGAAACCCCGUCUUCCAGCUGGAGUCCUCCUUCAUCUACUACAAGGACUACGCCCCUGCCUUCAAGGGCGUCGCCAGCCUGGAAGACUUCCUGGCCUCGCCGUGGACCUACUACAACCGGAGCCAGGGCUUGCGCAAUGCCCACGCCAGGAACAACAUGUGGUUCGACCUGGGCUUCGACAACGACGCGCAGCCCGAGGAGGGCUACGUGCGCGCGCGCCUCGCCGAGACGGAGCGGCGCUUCCAGCUGGUGCUCAUCGCCGAGCACUUCGACGAGUCCAUGGUGCUGCUGCGCCGCCGGCUGCGCUGGCGGCUGGACGACGUGGUCGCCUUCAGACUCAACGCGCGCAGCCCGCGCAGCGUCACCAGCCUGACGCCUGCGGGCCGGGAGCGCGCCAAGCGCUGGUGCUCCCUGGACUGGCGCCUGUACCAGCACUUCAACCGCACCUUCUGGGCGCAGGUGCGCGCCGAGCUGGGCCCGCGGCGGCUGCGCUCCGAGGUGGAGCGGCUGCGGGAGCGGCGGCGCGAGCUGGUGGCCCUGUGCCUGGAAGAUGGCGAGCCCAAGAACCAGUCUCAGAUCACCGACCGCUGGCUGCGCCCCCACCAGUCGGGCAAGGCCGACAUCCUGGGCUACAACCUCAGGCCAGGCCUGGACAGCCAGACGCUGCAGAUGUGUCAGAGGAUGGUCAUGCCCGAGGUCCAGUACAUGGCGCACCUGUACGCCCUGCAGUUCCCAGGCAAGCCCCCCAAGAGCAUCCCCUUCCUGGGGGCCUAG